CUGUGACACACUGUGAUUUCCAUACAAAUUAAUUACAGUGAUAACGCGGACGAGGUCGCGCAACUUCAAAGAACGAAUUUGAAAGACGAAGAAUACAUCGCCUGCCUCCUACCGAGGUAAACAUUCGGAGUAACUCCGAUCCAAUCUGGCUCUCCAUCUUUGGUUCAAUCGAAUACACGUUCGCUACUGCCAACCGAGCAUCAGAACAGCAGAAGUUUGGAGUCACGUCUGCAGGCCCAGAUGCCCCCUGCGUAGCCACCACUAUCUACUACGAGUGUCAAUAGGCAAUAGAACGCACCUCACCAUGCCUCAAAAGCACGUUCAGGACGAUGUGUACGCCGCCUCUAUCGAGGAUCCGGAGAAGUUCUGGAUGCGCCAAGGACAAAAUCUGUACUGGCACAAGAAGCCUACCCAGGCGUUUCAAAGGAGCGCCAAAUUCCUCAAAAAGAGCAACGUAUCGCACGACUCGUGGAGCUGGUAUGCUGACGGAGAAAUAUCGACGACCUACAAUUGCGUGGAUAGACAUGUGGCGAAUGGAAACGGCGACAACGUAGCGAUUUACUGGGACAGCCCAGUCACGAACGCGAAAGAGCAGUACACAUACAAGCAGCUGCUUGAAGAAGUCGAGACACUCGCUGGAGUGCUCAGAGAAGAAGGGGUGAAGAAGGGCGAUGUCGUACUCAUCUAUAUGCCAAUGAUCCCUGGGGCGAUGUUUGCUAUGCUGGCGAUCGCUCGGCUGGGCGCCAUUCAUUCUGUCGUAUUCGGUGGCUUCUCCCCUGCAGCACUGGCGCAGAGAAUCGAAGCAAGUCGACCAGUUGCAAUCAUGACAGCAUCAUGCGGCAUCGAGGGGUCGAAGAAACCGACAGGUUACAAGAGCAUGAUUGAAGAAGCGGUGGAGAAGAGCAAAGUUAAACCGUCAAAGACGAUUGUGUGGCAGAGAGACCAGCUUAGAUGGGACCCAGUGGUCAAAGAGAAAGGUCAACGAAACUGGCAACGCCUUAUCAAGAGCGCCAAAAAUAGAGGGCUUAAAGCCGAGGCGGUGCCUGUGAAGAGCGGCGAUGGGCUCUAUAUCAUCUACACAAGCGGGACCACUGGUCUGCCGAAAGGAGUGGUUCGCUCCGCUGGUGGACACGCAGUUGGCCUCAACUUCUCCAUGAAGUAUCUCUUCGGCAUACACGGCCCUGGGGAUGUCCAAUUCACAGCGUCUGAUAUCGGCUGGGUGGUAGGUCACUCCUACAUCGUCUACGCACCUCUGCUUGUUGGCGCUUCAACCGUACUUUUCGAAGGCAAACCCGUCGGCACCCCCGAUGCAAGCACCUUUUGGCGAAUCAUCCAAGAUUACAAAGUGACCACCAUGUUCACCGCUCCGACCGCUCUACGCGCAAUUCGACGCGAGGAUGGAGAUAACGAGUUCUUCGAGAACAAGUACGGAGAGAAGGGCACGCUGAAGUCCUUGAGAGCGCUGUUCUUGGCUGGCGAAAGAAGUGAACCGAGCAUCGUACAGAUGUACCAGAAGCUCUUGUCUAAGCAUUGUGCGCCCGGCGCUAUAGUCGUCGAUAACUGGUGGUCAUCCGAGUCCGGGUCGCCUAUCUCUGGGAUUGCUUUGAGUGCACCUGCCGGUCUUGACUUUUCUUCAUCAGAACGAUCCAAACCACUUCCUAUCAAGCCUGGCUCCGCUGGCAAAGCGAUGCCUGGGUUCGACGUACGUAUCGUUGAUGAUUCAGGCAAGGAAGUGAAGAGGGGAGAGAUGGGUAACAUCGUCAUGGGCAUUCCCCUAGCGCCGACCGCUUUCACAACGUUGUGGGAGGAUGAGGAGCGGUUUUACAAAGGCUAUAUGAAGCGGUUCGACGGGAAAUGGAUUGAUACUGGGGAUGCUGGUAUGAUCGAUGAAGAUGGCUAUAUCUCCAUUAUGUCCAGGGCCGACGAUGUCAUCAAUGUGGCAGCUCACAGGUUUAGUACGGGCGCUAUUGAGCAGGCCAUUACGACACAUCCUUCCAUCGCCGAGGCAGCUGUCGUGGGCAUACCUGAUGCCCUGAAAGGCCACCUACCAUUUGCUUUUGUCACACUCGCUACGCAUACGCACCCAGAGCCCGCCGUUCUUGACGACAAGCUUCACUCCGAGGUGCAGAAACUUGUGCGUGAGCAGAUUGGUGCCAUUGCUUCCCUCGGCGGUAUCAUUCAGGGCAAAGCUAUGAUCCCGAAGACAAGAAGUGGGAAGACACUGAGGCGUGUCUUGCGAGAGCUGCUUGAAAACGCGACGCACGGGGAGUUAGAUAAGGAGGUCAAUGUGCCAAGUACGAUCGAAGACCGUGAGGCUGUGAACGUAGCGAGGGAGAAGGUUAGGGAAUACUUCGAGGUCAAGGGGAAGGAUUUACACAAAGCGACUGAAGUCAGGGCGAAGCUCUUUUCCACCACUCGACGAACGAUACACGUCCUGGUCGCGGAGUCGCUCGUCGACCUGUCGUCAGCGUCGAACGUCACACUGACGGUGUGCAAGAACAAAGUUUCCGGCGAGGCUGGCUCGUAUUCGCCCGGUUGGCUACCGGCUGCGUCAGGCUGCUCUGAACGGUGUCAGAUCGCAACGGCCCGUCCCCCGCGUCAAUUGUUAGUUACACAGAGGUGCACCAACGUCUCGAAACGAUGGCAUGUCAUUACUGACGAAUUCGACAUCAUGGAGAUGAUGUUCUUGUCACAGCCUUGGCCGCCUGGCAAGAUCGUCACCAUCCUGCGUCCAUCAGGCUAGACGCUCACGUGCUUGACAAUUGCUGCGGGCUCUGCAUGCCUUGCCGGAGUAAAGCUCCUGAGCAUUUCCGGGCUCGUAACCACGUGUGAAAUGUGACCAAUUUCAGGGUUCCAUCGAGCUGGGCCGCUUGGUGGUUCGACUCGGCCAGGAGCAUCCCAGCCCUGCAAUCAACCUGGCGAGCGGACUUCCAAUUUGCAGACCGUGGCUGUUCA